CCCGAAUUUGAACCUCAGGCUGCAAAACCACAGAAUGUUUCCCGCAGAUCUCGUGGCCAACCCCGAAACAGCCCAAAGGUUGGAAAUUAACCACUGCGCAAAGCCGUUUUCGACUUGCAUCGGCCACCUCUCUCUCCUAUUGCCCGUGAAGCAAUCGAGCUUGCUUCAUCAUGGCCAUCAACUAUCUUAUCCUGCUCUCACGGCAGGGCAAAGUGCGGCUGGCCAAAUGGUUUACCACGCUCUCCCCCAAGGAGAAAGCCAAGAUUGUCAAGGAUGUCUCACAACUCGUCCUGGCUCGACGCACUCGCAUGUGCAACUUUCUCGAGUAUAAGGACACCAAAAUCGUUUACCGUCGAUACGCCUCGCUGUUCUUCAUCGCCGGGUGUUCGUCCGAAGACAACGAACUAAUCACGCUUGAAAUCAUUCACCGCUACGUCGAACAGAUGGACAAGUAUUACGGCAACGUCUGCGAGCUUGACAUCAUCUUCUCCUUUACAAAGGCCUAUUACAUUCUGGACGAGCUCCUGCUGGCAGGGGAACUGCAGGAGAGCAGCAAAAAGAAUGUGUUGCGGUGUAUUUCCCAGCAGGAUGCCCUCGAAGACAUGGAGGUUGGUGCUUUCCUUACAGCUGGCGGUUGACUUGGAUUGCACAGAUGUCUUGACCGUUCUUCGACUGCGCCUUUGCCCCUUCUUUUGAUCUUGCUAACGUGUCGCUCCCUCAGGUUGAGGAUGAAGUCACGAAGAUCAUGUAGAGGAGCAGCGGCGCAACUUUUCCCCUCGAGUCCUUCCCUCUCCCGACGACGGUCCCUCUCGAGCUGUGCACCUGCGACGGGAACUGUGGCAUAACGGGGG